AUGUAUGUUCUGUUUCAUUCUUUUUCAGCCAAUGAAUAUUAUGCAACCCAGUGGUCAAGAUGCUUCUUCACCUCUCAUGAUCUGAGUGAUAUGGUGCUUAUCGACAACUAUUAUUUUAAUAAGCAUCUAAUCACGCAGUUCAACAGCACUCUGGGGAAAUUUGUAGGAUUUACUGAGUUUGGAGUACGAAAUGCAGAAAGAUUGAACAACAAUAGUGUCAUUCUGCAAAAAGAGAUGAAAAGUGUCGAUUUAGAAUGCAGAUUUUAUGUUGAAAAGGCAGCUUUCCGUACUAAAGCAGUGAAGCCAACAGUUGUGCUCAGUUCAGUAACUCAGACCGAUGGGAGACGUCCAGCUAUGUUUAUCUGCAGUGCAUAUGAAUUUUAUCCUCAACACAUUAAAGUGUCCUGGCUGAAAGAUGGUAAAGCAGUGACCUCUGAAGUUACUUCAACAAUGGAAAUGGCUGAUGGUGACUGGUAUUACCAGAUCCACUCUGAACUGGAGUACACACCCAGACCUGGAGAGAAGAUCUCCUGCAUGGUUGAGCACGCCAGCUCCAGUAAACCCAUGAUUUAUGACUGGGAUCCAUCUCGUGCUGAGUCUGAGAGGAUUAAAAUUGCUGUUGGGGCAUCUGGUUUGGUGAUAGGAUUCAUAAUAGCGGCUGUUGAACUCUUUUACUACAGAAAAAAAUUAACAGGAAAGAUCCUGGUACCUCAUUAA